AUGAAUGACGCUGCAAAGAAAGCAAGAGAAGAAUAUCUGAAAAAAUAUCUCAGCAAAGAUGACGAACAAUCCGGGAAAAAACAUAAGAAGAGAAAAAAGAAGAUUGGAAUUGGAUUGAAAAUUCAUGAAAACGAUGCUUUUGCUGAUGUUGCACAAUGUGCCGUGCAGACUUCUUCAGAUGAUGAUAGUGGAAAAGAUAUUGAAAUAUUGGAAAAGAUGAAAAAGCUACACUCAGUGCCGAAGUUCAAGCCUGCAGCAUUUGAAGCUGUCGAGCUCAGAAUAGAAACAAACGCACCUCAUAAACGACAUGAUUCUUCAUCGGAUGAAAAUGUUAUCCCAGAUGAGAUGCCUCUUCCGACUACCAGUUCAGAAUUGGGGGAAAGUAUUUCAGUCAGGAAUAAGGAUCAUUCUACUGGUCAAAAAUUAGUACAACAUUCUAGUGCUGAUUCAGAUGUUUCCUUACCAAUUCUUAGGAUAAAGGAUGAACCACUCGAUUCAGAUGCUUCUCCACCAAGAAGAUCAACAAAUUCUGCAAGACCUGAAAACAAUAGAAAUCAAUCAUAUUCGAAACGAAAGACAGCAACAGACAAUCUUAAAUUAGAUGUUUUGCCUGUCAGAAUAAAAGAUGAGCCAGUUGACUCAGAUUUUUCACCACCAAGAAGAAGGUCAAAAAAUUGUACGAAACAAAAUUCUGAUUCGGACGCUUCACCUCCAAGACGCAGAAAGCCAACAAAUAAUUCUGACUCAGAUCCUUCUCCACCACGUAAAUACGAUGAUUGUGUUAGGAUUUCAAAUCGUGGAAAAGAACUGAGAAAUUAUGGGCAUCAAAAACGGAGGCAAACUGAUGAUAUCGACUCUUAUCAACGUAGAAGAAGUAGCUGGGAUUCUGAUGCAAGGCGAAAGCAUUGUGGAAGAGAAGAAGACGAAAGUUCUAGUAGAUUACACAGAAGUCAUGAAAGACGAAGAGAUUCUCCUGAUGGUAGGUCAUCACAUCAUAGUAAACGAGAUCGAUCAAAUGAGAGUGAUGCUAAACCGGUGACUGGGAAAAGCGCUGGUCUUAAAACACUGGAAAUGCAUCGAGAAGAAAUGAAACGAAUUCGAGAAAAUGAAACGAAAUUGCUCGAAAAUUGGAAAGGAUACACGAGUGGUAAAGAUGUGGCAGCUGUUCGUCGUACCAAAUUAACUGGUAAAGGACGUGAAACAAGAGAAGAUCGUGAAAGAAAGGAACGUGAAGCUAAAAAGCAACAAGAAUUAGAGAAGAAAUAUAAAAAUUGGAACAGGGGUUUGCGGCAAUUAGAAGAGCGGACCAAAAAAUUGAAUGAAAUGGCUCGGGUAGCGCAAGAAGAUUUUGCGCGCUGUGUUGAUGAUGAAGCAAUGAAUGAACACUUGAAAAAGCAACUGCACGAAAAAGAUCCUAUGUAUAAAUAUGUGAAAAAGAAGAAGGAAAAUGCUGAAAUAAGGACUGGGACUGCAUAUCCCAAAUACAAGGGAAGUUGGCCACCAAAUCGUUUCAACAUUGCACCAGGUUAUCGAUGGGAUGGAGUGAAUCGUUCAAAUGGUUUUGAAGAUCGAAUAGCUGAAAUGGCUAAUCGAAAAGUAGCUCAACGUACCGAAUACUACGAAAAUAUUGCGAAAUACGAAGUUUAA